AAACUUAACCAAUCAGUGCAGCAUUUGACAAGCUAGCCUUCCACUUCAAAUUUAAAACAUACUUUGAAAGCUGUAUUGGUUUGUCAGUGGUAAUCCUCUUUUUGCAUAUAUGGAGGCAGCCACGUCUACCUUGCAACAUUCUUUCGGUCCGGGCCCUCGAGGUCCAAGCCCACCUUAUGGAGCUCAGCAGGCUCAAGGGUCCCAUCAGCUGGAUCCUGGGUCUUCAGGAGCUUCACGUUCUGAGGAGCAGCAGCAGCAGCAGCAGCACCACCACAAACCUUUCUUCUACGUCCAGCCCUCGCAGCCAUACCUGCCCAUGCAGAGUAUGCAGUGGCCUGUGCCAGUGCCCAUGCCUGUUUCCUACAACCCAUACUAUGGCUACCCUGGUUUAGGUUAUGGCAUGCCAGUGAUGCCCAGCUAUCAACCAAAUCCGUACACAGAGCCACCUGGCUUUGUUGUACCCCAUACUCACCUCCAUUUGAUGGACUACAGACGCAUGCUCAACCCUCAGUAUUACCAGACCAUGGCCUACCAGUCUCGCAGGUUCCGCUACCAGCACAACGGCCAGGCCAGAGAAAUGACCAGCUCUGAGGUUCAAACAGAGCCACUAUCUGCAACCCAGAGGACCAGCACCUCAGGUUCCAGCAAUGUUGAAACCUCCAGUGGUCUCCCAGUCCACAGCACUGACAACACCCCCAGUGUCCCCACCAGUCAGCCGCUCUCACCAGCCUUUGCUGUGCAGAAGGGGGAUCACUCUCUGGAGCCAAAGGACAUGUUGAACUCUUCCAACAAACGGACGCCACCAAAUGGCAGCUUUGUUAUUCAGACAGAGGAGGUGAGGAUUGAAUGCUGCACCACACCGGUGGGACUACAACUCCUGCACUCUCAUGAGACUUCAGAAGUAUCCCACAGCUUUUCCCAAGAUGUGGUCCAGUGUAGAUCCAUUCGCCAGGGUCGUGUGCUGCAGGACGAGGGACUGUGCCUUCCUGCAGAAGAGUCAGAGCAGGUACUCCAAGCACGUCCUGACAUCCUGUUAGUUGGGAUGCCCAGCAGCGAUGAGAAGAUCCCGGCUUCGGAGGAGACGAGGAACCAGAUAGACUCUGUGAGUGUUUCCUCAGACUUUGGAUCCCAAGUAGCAGUUAAUGGUGGCGAUCAGGAGACAAGCGGUGAGAAAGAUCAGAGUGUUGCAUCCAAGAACCUUCACUUCAAAGUUGUUCACCUGCCAUUUGACCCCAAGUACCUGGAUGAGCUGAGAAAGAUGGAAUCCACUGUCUGGUCAAUGGAGGACACUAUGAUUCCCUCCCCUGAAUCGCUGAUCCAAAACGGUUGCACAGAGUCUUGUGAUGAAACACUGGCUGCUGUAGCUGAAGUGCCUUCAGCAGAUGCACUGAUGGUGAGGGAGGAGGCUCCUACAGAAGAGGUUGUUCCCAUGAUCGAGAUGCCUCCUCUGACAGAGGAUGAACUGGAUGACAUGGUCCCCACUGUGAGUCCUGGGGAUGAGAUGGCAUCUGAAGCUGAUAUGUGCUCUAUGAUGGGUGUUCCUGUUGCAGAGGAAACUCCUAUGACCGAGUCGACACACAUAGCAGAGGUGGCUCAUGUACCUUACUUGCUGUUGUUGGAUAAUUCUCCUCUUAAGGUAGAUAGAAACCAACAUAGACGAGAAACAAAUGCCCAGGAUCACCAGGACACUUCAUUCGAAUCAUUGCCUGCCUACCUCCCCUCAACCAGCUGGCUGGCUGACUUUGAUAAUGUCUACUACUGUAGCAAGUUGCCACAAACUCCCAAGAAACAGAGCAGACCUUUGAGCAGCCACGGUUUAGAUGUGCCUUCCAGAAGACGAAAACUAGACCUAGAGUACAAGGAACAGCCUACAAUUCGAAAGCCAAAAGAGAGGUACAAACCCAAAGGCAAGGUGGAUCGACGAAGCCUCUCUGACCAUGAAUGCUGCGUUAGUAGAAAUUUCAAUGAGAAUGCGUUUAGCCCUUAUGUGUCCAAGAAAGAGCGACUUUGCGCCGGAUGUCAGGCAAAACGCAGGAUCUGUACAUCUGCCAGCCCGGGACUCGAUGCUCAGACCUUAAAAAGAAAAGCUUUCCAACAGUGGAAUGAUGGGCUCUUACCAACAUGUGAAGCCUGUAAAUCUCACACCAACACACGACUGAUGAGACAAGGUUCCAGUCCUGAUGUCCGUGGUGGCCGCCGUCAUGGACACGACACUGAGGGAGAAUCGUCUGAGAACAGCUCAUGGCGCACAAGGCCGAAAUGGAGGGCAGCUGAUAAUCUCAGGAAGCUCGGCGAUCUCAAGAGGCCCCUGGCCUCAAAGCAAAACUUGGAGAAAUGUCCUACAGCAAUGUACCCCAAGCUGAGAGAAAAGAACUGUGUGUGUAAUGAGCCACAUCGUCAGUCUGGUGCAUGGGAGAGGAUGCACCACUGCCCCCACGGCAACACCAUCCGAGAAAUGGAUGAGAACUGUGCCGUGCCCGUUUCCCUGCAGGACAAAUGGAGGAACAUGGAUCAGAUUUACCAGACGCACAGGUGGCAAACCGAGAAGUCAUGGAAAGCAGCGAUGACUAACCCCGAUACCGAUGGCUCCAAGAAUGAAGCCAAAUCACAACACUUGAAUAAACACAAGAAAUCACAAGGAACCUGUAGAAAAGACACGCGAUGUUAAUUUGCACGAGUACACUUCAAAGUGAAAAACACUUUUAAAAAUGAUGCACACUUAAUUUAAAUUAUUUCCACCUAAAUUAUUUGUAUAAUAAAUCACAAUAUUCACUAUUUAUUAACACAGAUGUAUGAUCAUGUAUUUGUAUUGCUUUAAAAAAAUAAACACAGUUUUUUGCACCUGCA